UACAUUACAGAGGCAUUACCUCAAAGCCCACGCUGGACUGCGAUGCGUUAGCUCGAGACGUUGCAAAUGCGCACUGAGUCCUUGCUAUAUGCGUUUGCUGAUGUACUGAAACACGGUAAAUGUAGUUAGAUUUACGCACCAGUCCCCGAAAUGCCUGAAACCGGGGCAAUGGCAGAGUCGCGGGACAGCGUCGCGAAUGGCUCAGCAGAGGCGGAACGGCUGCGGGCGCUGCUUCUAGGACGCAGCCCAACUGCUUGUGUGGCACGCGAGCUGUGGCGCGCAAACACGGGCACAUACUCAGCAUACCGGGAUCUGCUGCACGCGCGCAAGGAGCUAGCAGCAGCCGCGCACGCGGGCGCCGAGGGCGCCAGCGCAGCGUUGCGCGCUGCUGCUGCGCCUCACACGCUGCCCGCCACUGUCAAGUACUCUUUUGAGGGUGUCAAACACGUGCUGGCGGAGUCGACGUCGCCGGUGAGUGUCGUGGCGUUUGCGGCGCUGCGCAAUGACCUGCUCGCCUACGGCUGCGCCGACGGCGAGCUUUGGCUGGUGCUGCUGCCGGCGGCCGGCGCACACACGCAGCCGGUGUGCUCCAAGGCCCGGCGCAUGCACGGUCAGGUGGUGCAGGCGCUGGACUGGACGUACGACAACAGCCAGCUGUUGAGCGUGGGAGCCGACGCCUCGCUGUGUGUGUGGGACGUGGCGGACCCGGCAGACCCCACCUGCAUCCGGAGCAUUUCCUGCCCCGCCACCUCCUUCCUGUGCGGCAGGUUCCACCGCGUCAAUUUCAGUCUGGCCAUGGUGGGCACCUCCAGGGGUGCACUCGAAAUCUGGAACAGCAACACGGGCAUGCAGCACAGCCGCUACCAGCUCGCAACGGAGAAAAGCGGCGUGGCGGUGACGGCCAUCGAGUGCAGCAACCAUCACGUCUUUGUGGGCGACUCAACAGGCACGCUGCACCUGUACGCGUGCGAGCUCAAGGAGCGGCAGCUGUCCCGUCUUCGCCCCGCCUUCCGCCUGCGCCUGGCGCUGCCCGGCAGUAGCAGCAGCAGCAGCAGCCACGCCGCUGGCGGUGCCGGCGGUGGCUGUAGCGUCACCACGUUGCAGUACGUGCCCUUCUGUCGGGCCACGGACAGCCCAGUGCUGCUGGCGGCGUUGCAGGACGGGUCGCUGUGUGUGGUCAAGGCGAACGAGGUCCGCCACACCGCGGAGCUGCACCUGCGCCGCUGGGUGCAGCCGCCCUCCGCCGCCGCCCUACCAUCCAACGUCCUGAGCAGCGCAGCCUCCUCCUCCUCCUCCACGCCCUCUGGGCCCUCCUUUUCCACGAAGGCGCACCUUCCAGCCGCCUCUCCCUCAGCCUCGCCGGCGACCGCGGCGGCCACGGCCGCGCGGAGCGUCGCCGCCACGGCGGCGGCAGCGGCGACGCUGCUGCGGCUACGGCCGGCCAUCUGCCCCCUGUCGCCCAUCCACGAUGUGCCUAUCAUUACUUACGGCUCAGAUGACACGUCCGUGUACAUCGUGGACGUUUCGGCAAAGAGCUUCAGCGCGGGUGCGGGAGCCGGUGGAGGAGGAGGUGGCGGCGGCGGUGGGUCGGCGGCGGCGGCCGCGGCGGCCGCGGGGCAGGACCGGCCCUUGAUUGUGAAUGCGCUCAAGGCCCACCGCGCCGCCGUGACUGCCGUGUCCUGGAGCUACGACGAGGCGCUGUUGGCCUCGGCGGACGCGGUGGGAACACUGGUGCUGUGGCAACGCUGCAGGCUCUUCUGAGCGGCUCAGAGGCAGGCAGGCAGGCGGGCAGGCAGCACGGCGCUGAGGGCAAGAGCCAAGGGCCAGAAGUCGAGGGCCAUAAGCCAAGAGCUAGGGCCAACAGCAGUAGCAUGGCAGGGCGUGCCAUUCCCUGCAGGUGUAGAGUUCGUAGCCACCACAUGUGGCUUGUCAGAUCCCACACACGCCGAUGCGGGGGUGCGAAUGGUGGGAGUCUGUUGCAAUUGUGAAGGGAACUGACAGGGGGAGACCCAACACACGAGGUGGGCGCUGCGCGUCAUGGUGAUAGAACGUCUGAAUACGGUAUGACAAUUGUGAAUGUAUUGAUAAAAUGGACGAACGGAUACUGGUCCCUUUUGACCAGAGGCGCUCUGAGCGGUAGGUUAAGAGUUGGUGCUCCGCUGCGAAGCUGCAGUUUCGGGAGACGGGCCUAGGGUUGAAUUGGGAGCUCCAUUUGGUGAAUGACGAUGCCGGGCAGCAGGCCACGGCAGCAGGCCCCGCUUCACUGUUCCUUUGCGUCUGGGCCCAACAGCGUGCCUAUUCAUGUGUUUCUACUCAUCUGUGCGGACGUCGGAUUGCGGAGGCGACCACGGUAGCUUUUGGGAGACCCCUUGGGAAGCAAUGCGGCCCGGAACUAACUGAAGUGCUGGCGUGCUGCACGGAUGUAAAAGUACGGUUACAUGGAUGAGUCAAAGGUGCAUCCCGAUGCUGAGUGUUGUCGUGCAAGCGGAGCCAGGGAUACCGCGGCGUGAGUGAACGUGUAUGGGGUGCACUGCACUGCAGGUGUGCCGUCCGGCAUGAAUCUGUGCGAGCUGCCAGACGGCAUCAGGGCACGCGUCGUCAUGGCCCCUGCCGCGGUGGCAUCCAAUGUCAACCUGCCUUUCGUGCGGGCCUCCAUACUGUAGCGACGAUAAUUUGA